CAGCGCUCGGCGCUCCAGCCAGCCACGAGAGGCAGCCCGAUGGUGUGAUAAAAGGGCGGGAGGCAGCACCGAUGCUGCCGUAGUCCAGGCCUGCGGGAACAGAGCUCCUCGGAGCGGAGCUGGAGGCCAUGCCGUCGCGGCCAGGCUCCCGCGCGUCGCGCGCGUCGACGCCGCAGAAAAGGCCGGGCUCCCGCGCCUCGCGCGCCUCGACGCCGCAGAAAGGAGCGGAGACCAUGUCGCGCACGUCGACGCGGAGCCGCGCCUCGCGCGAAGAGGACGAGAGCGACCUCUCGGACACGGCCUCCGAGGCCGAGGCCGAAAACGCACAGGACACGGCCGACCGCAUCGCGGAACUUGAUGAAUUAGGCCUGGCGCGGUGGGGCCCGGAGCUCCUCGAGAAGAUUGAUAGGAGAUGCGUCGGUGCCCUAGCUCUGCUGCGGGGCAAGUCCUUCGCGGGUUGCCUACGACGGGAAUUGCAACAAAAGCAAAGCGACCGCCGCUUAUUAUGCCGCUACCCGCUCGGUCCCGACGAGUUAAGGACGGUCUUCGCGUACAACCGCCACAAGGCCGUCCUGGAGAGGCCAAAAACAGCUCCUGGCGAGGAGCCCGUGCCGCGGCACAAGCGGCGCGACGCGGAGGCAGCGAAGCGCGCCGCGGAGGCCGCCGCGCCCGAAGUUAUUACGGUAGUCUUCUUCGAGGACGUCGACGCGUUGAUGCGGACGGCGCUGCCGCACUGCGCCGCGUUAAGGUUGGGCGAGCCGCCCGUGCCGCUGCGGCCGUGCACUUCAUUAGAUUUUCUGAACGAGGUCUGCCUCCUCGAACACGGCGGGCUGUUUAAGCUGCGGGGCUACGUGCCGUCGAAGGCCGGGCCGUUGGCGCCGUUCGACUACGCCGCCGCGCCGGCCCCGGCCCCGGCGCCGGCGCCCGCGCCCGCACCAGGGCCAUCAUCAGCACCAGCACCAGCCCCGCCCGAGGCCGCCGCGCCGCCGGAGCCGGCCAUGGACUGCGCCUUGGUGCGGGAGUGGGUCGAGGGCGGUUUACUCUCGACGCGUUUACAACACAAGCGCCGUAUUCAAGAAAGGGAGGUCCACCUCUGGGCCACUUCAUUAGCAGCAGCACUAGUCUCAAUACAUAGAGGAGGCCACGUCUUCAACGGGCCCACGCCAAACAUGGUCCAGCUCUCGAAGCGCGGUCCGUGGCCGGCCGACGAAAGACGCUAUAAAAAGCUGAUGAAGGAGUACGAGGAGGAUCUGGAACUACGCAGGAAAUACGAACAGAAGCAGCGCGAGGAACGUAUUCGACAAUCAAAGGAACCCGUCAAAGAAAAAGUGAUCGGGACCUCAUUGCAAGAGCGGGCGGCGUCCGGAGGAUUUGCUGCGAAGUUCAAGGCGAGGGAGGAAGCGAGGAAUAACCCUAUCAUCGAAGUUGAAGAAGAGGAGGCGCCCCUGGAAAUGCCCCUCAAGCCGGAGACCUGCUAUGAUGCGUACCUCAAGGACCUCGAAAGGUGCACGCCGCGCCACGAGAAGGAUCCGUUGCUCUCCUUCGCCGAAAAUCAAUUAGAGAAAGUACGACUGGCGCAGGAAGCUUUGAGCAAGGGCGAGGACUCAUUUCUCGAAUACGAAUCUGACGGCGAUAGUACAGUCACUUGUAGCAAGACCGUCGGUAGCAUACAAACGCGGGCGUCCUUCGAUAGUCAACCGUCUCUGAUGUCCAAGGCGUCCUCGAAAAAGCCGCUGGAACGCAUAGCUAGACCUGACUGGUGCCCCGAGGGCUACGAGCCCCCCGAGGGCUUCACGCUGCUUGGUUCUAGAUCAGAUGCUUGGUUACUGGGUUGUUUACUGUUUGAAUUAUCAACACGUAUCAAGUUAUCGUUGCAGGAAGACGUUGUAUUGCCUCGACUGACGCCAACCCAGGAAGAAAGUAUCUUCGUAAGGUACUGUAUCGAGCAGGGUUGUGCUUAUGAGGCAGGUGAUAUCCUUUGUGAGGUAGAGACGGAGGAGAAAAUAGUACCUUUCAAGGCGGAUAGAGACGGCGUAUGUGCUACUUAUUUACUAGAGGAAGGUUCUACUAUAUAUAUAGGAGACGCCUUAUUCGUGAGAAAUGAUUGUCUAGCGCUGAAGGACGUCCCCCUAGACAAGACCAUCAAACAAAUACCGGCACGCUUCGGAAUAGAGUUGAAGAACUGUCUGAGAUGCGCUCUGGAGAAGGACCCGCGGGACCGCGCGACGUGCGAAGAAAUGUUUUACUUGUUAGAACCAAGCAGAGCCCAGCGGCGCCACAACGUCGUGGAACUGCGACCGAAGAUCGCGCAGUUAUUAGAUUUGGGUACGGGAGGCUACGAGGAGGAAGCUUUACCGCUCGCCGGGCGCAUCGACAGGGAGGAGGCCGAGAAGGAAAGGUUGCGUGUGGCGGAGGAGGAGGCCCAGAAACGGCGCGAGGAGGAGGAACUCCGGAAACAAGAUCCGGAGAACACGCCCGAAGUCGUGCAGAAGCCGAAGGUCAAGCUCAUCUCGGCUCUGCUGGCGGCGCGCUUCACUUCGAGAGCUACUGGUGAGGAUGACGGCGGCGACCUAGAGGAGUCGGAAUUGACCGAAGCGCAACGCAUGAAGCGUAGAAGAGCGGAGUUCGAAGCAUCAUUGUCACCGGAGGCAUUACAAGGCUGGAAGCGGGCGCUGGCCCGCGUGGAAAAAGCGAAUCGUAAAAAGUGGUACGACAACCUACCUGGGGUUCGAAGAAGAAGAAUAGAUAGACGUCGAGAACGGAGGCUGCGGGUGCGAGAAUAUAGAAGGAAGAUCAAGAUUGCGCGGCGAGCAGCGCUGAUGAAUUUUUGGCCUGUUGAUGAUGUCGUCAAGUGGGCGAAAUUGGCCUGUCGACGGGCCGUGGACUGCGAGGCCUUGUCACUUGUUAAUCGAGACGGGUGGUACCAGCUCAAGCUGCAACGGGACAAGGAACGGGCGGCGGCGGAAAGGGCUCGCAAUAGGCGAGCUAGGCACCGUAAAUUAGCUGCUGCCAAGGCCGGGGAAGCCGUUGAAGAGGAGGAGGAGGAAGAAGAGGUGGAGGAGGAGGUUGUGGAUAAUAAAAAAGACGACCGGAAGUCGAUAAUGGGCCGCCAGGUGAUCCCGCCCUCGGAAACGCUGCGGUUGACUCAACAAAUUGAGGAGGCGCGACGGACACGGGACGACCGUCGACGGCGUUUGAGGAAGGCCAUCACCGACAACUACGCCGAACGGAAAUUAGAAAAUUACGCCUUAGCGGCCGCGGCGGCCGUCGACCUCGUCUGGUUGGAUCAUGCGGCCCUGAGGUACUGCGAGCCGCUGGGCCAGUGUCUCGUGGACAAGAAUGUAUCAGGUAAGAAGCUGCACUUUGCGAUGCAACGCGCAGCGGAAAAUGCUGAGAGAGGUAUCAAGAGAUUAAGUGCCAAGGGCACGUUGGACGACGAGGCGUCUUGUAGACAAGCGUUGGGCGUGGCGGCGGUCACGCGCAGCGAGGCUCUGAAAGAUGUACUCACGGAGACCGUGAUCUUGGCGGAGAAGAUGCGUCCACCACCCAAGCAGAAGAAGGAGGAUUCCUCGUCGUCAGAUUCCGAUAGUGAUGAUGAUGCGAACAAGGUCCACCCCGAGGCCCACGAGGAACGAGAUCGGCAGGCCUUUAUACUAGCGGUCGUGUUGUACGCGGCGUUCCACGAAACAAAAACGAAAGCGUUGCCAGCCCGCGUGGACGCCUCGACGAAAAUCGCGAGCGUCGCGCGCGGGCGCCAGACGCGCGCCGUCAUCAAGGAGAUCUGGCGCCAGGCCGACGUCUUAGCCGAUGAUGAACUCAGAGCGGACGCCGCGGCGAAGGCUGCCUUGGCUGCGGAGGAGGCGAGACGACCCAAGCCCCUGCCGCCGCCUCCGCCGCCGUUAGAAACGAUGCAGUUUGGGGCGCGGUAUGCGGUGCUUGGCUUAGGACAUGUGCUGCGAAAGGUCGGCGAGAGAGCUGCGCAAGCCACAAAAGGGCGAAGCGACGACCCUUUAUCACAAACGAAGGCCGAGCCCAUGUCCAUCAUGGGGUGGAAGGGCUCCGACCCGCCCGUCGACGACUCGACGUGCCCCCACGUGCUGUACUUCGAACUCGGUCCUUUGGAGGACGACGAGCCGGGCGUAGAGUAUCCUAUUAUCGAAGACAAGGAGGAUCCUCUCGCGGCGCGCAUCGAUGAUUUGAAACCAGCGACGACGUACCUGGCUAUCCUCAAGAUGACACCUCGGACGCGACGACGGAUGGUCCGGGCCUGCGGCCGCGGCGUAGCUGGCUGUGUAGAAAUCAAAUUUCUCGACGUGACGCCUGCGCGAUGGCGUGCAUCCGACUCACUGGUUGAUUUCCACACACAGGAGGGCGCGACGCGCUGCUUGCCGCCGGAGGAGGACGACGAAAAUUUACAGACCCGCUGCGUGUCGUUUAGAACAUUACCGGACGUACCGGAGCCGCCACGACCGCCGAAGGUGCGAGCGUCGCGGUUCCGGGGCGCUGCGGACCUCGCGAAUCUCAUCGCUCCGUACGGGACGGCGAAGGACCCACUCGGUGCGAUGGGCGCGGCCGUGCGGCCACCCCAAGAAAAUACGGUUGCCGUCAAAAUUGUGUGGGUACCGCCCCACGACAACGGCGCCCCUAUCAAGGGGUAUAGGGUGGAGCGCGCCAAGGUGUUCCGUAAAAAUAAUCGGGCGCCGAUUGCCGAGGCGAACUGGACGCAAGUGCGAGCUCUUAAACACGACGAGCGCGAUAUUACUGAUGUGCCUCCCACGAAUCACCGCUUGUAUUGGUACCGCAUCGUCUGCCACAACAAGGUCGGCGUCUCAGAUCCGGGGGUUGCGUCGAAGAUCGACCUCACGGACGAGGCCACGGAGGUCCAUCCGAACUUGCGACCGUUGUCGUUGGUCGAGGCGCCGGCCCCGGCGCCGUCGCUGCUGGAGGCGCCGUCGACCCUGCUGGAGGCGUCCGUCGCGUCGCGACCGUCAAAACUGCUUGCGGUCGAGGCCGUCGCGUCGCUCUUGGAGGCGCCCGAGGCCGCCGCGCCGCCAACGCCGGCGCCCGAGGCGCCGGAUGUUAUUCCGUCGCCGCGGCCGCUGCCAAAGCUCAAACGGCCGAAGAAGCGGUCGGAGCCCACCGGCGGCGUACUCGACGGCGGCGUCUUCUUUACGCCUCUCAAGACGGCAAAACCGCUGCCGCGGUCGAAGGUUAAGAGUACAUUUAGGUAG